CUGCCAUAUUUCUUUACAAUUCCAGACACCCCUUCCUUAUCUUUGAUCUGUUAUAAUUCAGCGACUUGAGCAUUAUGGCGGGCAUUCAACAAACAUCAGCUGCGUACACCAUCCCGGUAACCUCUUACGACACAGCGCUUUGCGUACUCCCACCAGUCGAGCAGUGCGAGCACGUCAACAGCUUGCGCGAGCUCUACGAUAAGGCGUAUGGGCGAUGGCCGGCACAUGUCAACCUCAUAUAUCCAUUUGUUGCGCCUGAGCGCUUGCCAGAAGCGCAGCAGCAGAUCCAGGCCCAAUUUGAGAGGAACCCAGACAUCAACACAGCGAACAGGAUCAAAUUGGAAUCUGCAGGACUUUUACGGCAAUCACGCAAUAGUACUGCAAUUCUGCAAGAGUCUCGAGAUGCCUCCGAUAGAUCUCUGGAAUCACUUCGAUCCCUGGCUCUGCAGGCUCUUGGUCACAAGCCCGGUCGACACAACUUUCACCUGACAAUCGGCCAAACUGAGGACAACUCGAUGUCUUCUCUCGAAUUUCUCAUUUCCAAAGUGCGUCUACUUCCUCUUUUGGACUUCGAGAUCGGGUCUUUGGCUAUCUUGGUUCGUGAGCGAACAUCAACCGAGAAAUCAGCGACCCGAAUGCGCUUAUGGGGCUUGAUCGACAUGUGCUCCUCUCGUCCUAUAGUAACGGGCAUGAUGACAGAGCACUGGCUCAGCGACCCUCCUACAUGCGACAUGAACGACGAUGAAGAGGAAGACGAGGCCGAUUCGUCGGAUUCUGGCACACCUUUCAAUCGGGCGGUGCAGCCUGGAAAGACCUUCUGCUUUGAUCGAGCUUCGAUCGCGUGGAAACAAGUACAAUCUUUUCAAUCGAGUCCUAAGCGACCUGUUUCACUCACUGUAUCGAGCUACAACGUCUUGGUGGACUCAGGAUACCCACCAGCACGUGAUCGCGACCAACUCUUGAUCAAUACGCUGCUAUCUGAGGCCGCACAGGCAGAUGUUCUGGUCUUGCAGGAGAUAUCUGACGAUUUCCUGUCAUAUCUGCUUAACAAUGCAAAGUUUCGAAGCCAGUACCCUUUCACCUCGCAUGGGCCACCAAGCCAACUGGACAUUGGACCCUUGCCCAGCAUGCGAAAUGUUGUCGUUAUCAGCAAAUGGCCGUUUAGAUGGGAGCUGGUACCUUUCCACCGCAAGCACAAAGGUGCUGUGGUUGCAGCCUUCGAAUCCAUCACUCUUGGUGAAUCAUUUGCUGUGGCCGGCGUCCAUCUGACGUGCGGCCUGACAGAUGGAUCAGUCGCUGCAAAGAAAAUACAAGUGCACAAUCUCUUGAACCGCCUCACUCGCCAAUAUAACAACAUUCCGUGGAUCAUUACUGGAGACUUCAAUCUUGCCACUUCAACACACACAAUUUACAGUGCUCUUCAAAGCAAAUCCAUCACCGCACAGACCGGUCACACGAUUGCUGCCAUCGAAGAACGACUAGCCGGUCAUGGAAUUUUGGAUGCUUGGGCUACCAUGCGAGGCGAUUACGAGCUGGAGAGACGUGGACUCGACGAUGACGAGCUAUUCGACGGCGAGGAAGGUGCCACCUUCGAUCCAAGGAACAACGUUCUAGCAGCUGCAACAUCUGGCACCUCACAGAGUAGGCCGCAACGAUACGAUCGUGUUCUCGUUCGAACACUAGAUACAUUUCGUGUCACUGCAUUCAACAUGUUCGGCUUGCCUGUAGAGGUUGCUGGCGCAAGUGCAGUCCCGAGCGAUCAUUAUGGAGUCAGAGCGUCACUGCAGCUUUUGAAAGUCGCUGAAGGCCUGACUCCAGAUCAUCGGGAGAUGCUCACAGCGCUCAGAGUGGAGGUCCAGCGCACCCACAAUCUAUUUUCCCAAGAAAUGGAGUCAACGCUGCGCGACCAUCGCAUACUCCUGACAGAUAGGGAGAACGCGGAACGUGAGGCAGCGUUCAGUCUGCUAAAGGAAAUUCUACUUGCAAACUCAAAGAUUGGUGGUGCAGUGACAGCUGAUAUCCCUUUGGUGAUGGUAACUGUUGGCUCUUUUGCGAUGAAGACAGAUACACCUUCUUCCGACAUCGACUGCCUCUGCAUCGGGUCUAUUAGCUCGAAGACCUUCUUCAAGCUUGCACGCCAACGAUUGCAGAAGGCUGAGAGCCAAGGUGUUCGCAUACUCCGUAAGGUCGAAGCAGGUACAGGGACCAUGCUCGAACUGUCGGUCAACGGUGUUCCCAUGGACUUGCAGUAUUGCCCUGCAGCUCGCGUGGUCGAGAGUUGGCCCGAUUUCGAGAACUUGCCAGCAUCAGAUCCAUUCUUUAAUCUCUCGAUCCUGUCACUGCGGAAGCUGAAGCCUUAUCGCGAUUUGAUCUACAUCAAGCGUACCAUACCUGAUCUGACCACCUUCAGACUGGCCUACCGAGUUAUCAAACUCUGGGCAAUGCAGUGUGGCGUCUACUCAUCCAAAUUCGGGUUCCUUGGAGGCGUGCACAUCACACUAAUGCUAUCCUGGGUCUACAAGCGCAUCACAUACGACGACCCUGUUAAUGAGGUUCAUACAAUCAGCGCGGACGACUUGGUAGUGACAUUCUUCCAUCAUUACGCAAGUUUGGACUGGGAAAGUGACAUGGUUUACGAUGCCUUCUUCCAUAAGCAGAAGCCUCGCUAUCACCGGACUGCGCGAGAGCCGAUGGUAGUAUUGGGCUUUCAUUCUCCAAAUUCGAACGUAGCACAUACAUCGACAUUGCCGGGCCUCUUGGUCCUGGUGAAAGAGUUCAAGGCUGCCAGUGCACGACUAUUGGACGCGUCAAUGACCUGGGGAGCGUUCUUAGGCCCGUCGGGCAGUCACAGCCUCACUGGUCUGGGACUCGGCGAGUCGCAGUUCUUGCGAACGUACAAGAGCUACGUCAGUAUCGACAUUCAUUUCUGGGGCCGCACGCUAGCGAAGGGCAAGAGCUUGGUUGGCUGGGUAGAGUCGCGUUGCAUCUCACUUGUUGUUGAUGUUCACAGGAUCCUUCCAGAUGUUGAAGUGCGCCUAUGGCCGGCACGCUUCACAGACAACAAGCCUGAUGAGCUCAAGGAGAGCAAGGACUACCAUGGCUGCUACCUUAUCGGCCUUCAGAGAGCUGCAACUGUGCCAUUGGCGCCCAGAAGCUACGGCGAGCGACAGGCGGUGAAACACUCCCUAGAGAAGGUCGUUGAUAGAUUUCUUACUUCGCUCAGAACAGACGAGAAGAAUUACGAUGCAACUUCCUCUUGGGUCAAUGCUUCGUUGAUCACACAGCACGAUAUUCAAGCCCAGGAGCUCCAGCUAGACGACCGCGAAUGGGGCGAUUAUGCCAUGGAGAUCGAAUCCGAUUCAGACCUCGAAGAAGAGCUGGACGAUAUCGAACACGAGAAUACUGAACUACCUAAGCUUUCGAUCCGCUCCAAGCCUGUCUCAACAUCAACACCCGUGUCAACGGCGAAGCUGCGCCCAGCAUCUGAUGUUCUCAAUCGCCUACGCUGGGACCCAAACCUCGAUCCGGCAGACUACAUCAUUGGCUACGAGGACCGUUUCCUUGGCGCGAAGGAGACAAACCUUGAGAAAUGGAAAACGGAGCAAACCGACGAGGAAUUCAUCCCUCAACACCGUAUCCUGUACUUCCGCAAGAAGUUUAACAAUGAGAGUGACGGGAAAGGAGGACUGGUCUGGGAGCGUGCAACGAGAACUGACAAGAUCUUUGGCAGUGGAGCUGGUGCCGUAGUGUAGAAGUUGGCUAGCCCAGUGCAUGACUGCUAUAUAUACAUACUGUCUCUGGAGGUGAUGGCCAAAAGUGUCGCUGGGGAUGGCGUCAGUGUAGUGAAUUUAGCCUAAUUAGAAUCUACAAUAUAAAGGCAUGCCCGUGAGGCACUGA